AUUCAUUCUCUCUUCUCCACGCACACUCUCUCUCUCUCCUCCCUUCAUCCCUCCGUCCCCCCCUUCCCUCCUCCUCCUCCUCCUCCUCCUCCUCCCCCUCUUUCACUCCUUGCCCUCUGUAGAGGUCUGGAUCACAUUUAAAACCACAUGUUCCUGUGUGCGAGCAACUGAGCUUGGAAGUCGGAAAGCAGGAAACGUGGUGACAGCAGAGUGGGACUGGAGCGCACAGCGACGGGACAGACAUGCACGCCUCCCAGACGGCCUUGCACGCACUGGCGGCUGAAGAAGACUGGAUGUGAGCCCGUGGCGGAUUUUGCAAACACAUAUAUAGUGUGACACAUCUGGAUCCGUGGAAACACUGGGCCAAGUUUGGCCGGUCCUAGACGGAUGAGAGCAUCAAGAGGACGUUCUGAUCAGAGAGAAUCGCAGAAAGUCCAGAGUAGACCAGCGCUGAUUGAUGUCUCUUUCUCCUCCUCUUUUUUUUUAAAGAGGAGAGCCCAUUUGGCUCUGGGAAGCUCGUUGUGACAGGUCUCUAUUGGUGCGCCUGUGUGGUCCUGUGUGAGAAACCUGCUUCGUGAUUUGUGAGCGCACGUGAGCGUAUACGCAGACUGGCCUCCCUCGCUGCUCAAUCACUGGACGGUACCCUGGAGAGUAAGUAGCAGGAUGAAGACACAGAAAUGUGCUGGACUUCACAUGUUGUUACUCCUGUAUGUCAGACUGAUGCUGGCUGUGGACGCCUACAGACCCCAGAGAGACAUAAACCAGGAGAAGUGGGAACAAGAACUAAGGGAAGCUGGGAGUCUGGAUGAGCUUCUGAUGUUGACCGAAUACCCAGACUGGAAGCUGUGGAGAUGCAGACUCAAGCUGAAGCACUUGGAAUACGCCACUCCGCCUGAGAACCGCAGGUCAACUCGCUAUGCGGCCGCAUCAUUCAGUCCAGAGAUGCUAAAAGACAUCGAUGACGAAUGGCAGAAAACACAGUGUAUGCCCAGAGAGACGUGUGUCGAUGUGGCUAAAGAGCUGGGCACCAAUACGGCAGUGUUCUUUAAGCCCCCAUGCGUCUCUGUCUUCAGGUGUGGCGGCUGCUGCAACAAAGAGGGAGUUACCUGCCGUAACACAAGCAUGACUUAUGUCAAUAAAACUAUUUUGAGCGUGAGUCUGGCGUAUAAAUCUGGACCAGAGCCUGUGCUGGUGAAAAUAGCCAAUCACACUGAGUGUAUGUGCCAGGAACAUUCGCUGAUCCGCAGACAUGUUCGUGAGAAGCACAAGAAGAGUUGCUCUCCUACACGUAAGCCAGAAGACAAGAGGCUAUGCAACAAAGGUUUAAUAUGGGACUGGACGGCAGAGCGAUGUGUGACGUACCCCUCCAGUAAACAAGAGCCUCCGUCUGCUAUCAGUGAGGAGGACUGUGAGAUUGAUGUAGAGCGAUGUGAAUGUAUUCCAAAAGUAUGGACACACAGAUUACACCAUACGUGACACAAUUCAACAAAUCUUCUAAAGCUGCAAGAGAGAAAACAACAAUGAACACAACACCCUGACAAUCUGCAAGUGUCGAGUGCAGAGACUGCGAAACACCAUUUAAUUUAUUUAUCUCUCUAUUUAUAUCAAAUAAAAAUACUUUAUUAACAUUUAUUCACACAUCUCAGCAGUAACAUGGCAGCAAUAGCUUUCUAAAUAUAAAAACAACGCUGCUUUUCUGUCUGAAUACAUCUGAGAUAAAUGUCUCCUUUGCACUGAAGACAGCAUUUCACCCUAAAGAAUGUCUGUGGAAUUUAGAACUUAGAUAUAAUUUAUAUCUAAAAUAAUGAUAUUUAAGCAUAAAUUAUAAUUUUUCAAAAUGUUCCCUGGUGGGGUUUAUGUGGGUUCCAUCCACAUCAUGUUUUUAUGGCACAAGAGGACUAGAUGUUGGAUGGUGUACAUACAGAAGUACUUCAUUACUUGACAUGCUUUGAGGAAGUGGUCAGGCCUCGGUUAAAUUUGAUGUUUUCACCACUGAGCAUGCUGCCAACAAUAAAAAAAAUCAAAUAUGUACUGGAGAUGAAAGCUGUUCAAAUAAAAAACGGCAGAUUUAAUAAAUAGGUCUAUGAUUGUGAUGUUUUCAAGGACCACAGAAACCUUUUUAAUGUAGUGUAUGAAAGCAUUAAGUAUUUUCAAAGAGGAAAACAUGAAUUCUCAUGUUGCAAGGACACAUCAUAACUUAUAUUAAAGAAUAGUUUCCUGCUUAAGGCCCAUUAAAAUCGUACCAAAGAACUCUUGAGCUCUUAUAAUUACGUUUCAAUCACUCUGGUUUAUUGUAGUUUAUCAACAUAACCUGAAAUCAAUAUUAAUCCAAGAGUGAAUGGUUCAUUUCAGUUUUGAAGGACAGAGCUUGUUGUAACAAACACCAUGUCUCUAUCUAUGACAUAAAACCUUUUAAAUUAUAGUUUAACUUUUUUUAUUUGUAAUUUAAAUCAUUUUGAGCUUUGUACUUUGUACAGACUUACCCUGAAAAAUAUUUACCAGGGAAAUAAGGGUGACGACUAUAGCCUUGGUCUAUCCUGUACCUGAGUGUCUUCUAAUAGGUUAGGUAAUGAAUAAAAAAGCAGUCAGUGCAACCUGACAAGCGUCAGUGUGUACCUGCAAUAUGACGAAAUUGACUGUACUAAUGACUGUCCAACCUGGAAACUCUGUAGGUGGUUUGGUCUUGGAAAGCCAGAUGAAAUUUGGUGUAGAUUUCUGUUCCAGUUCUGCUUCUGUUCCUGUUUAUAGGCCACACACAGUAUUUCUAAUUGGAGACUUUUUUUUAGGUAGCCAGUAAUGCCUGACUAAUUUUCACAAACAUAGUGGCUAUGGUGGUUUUUCCUCCGGAAAGAUUUCCACGGAAACACUUACUUACAGUAGGCAUCAUGACAUUAAUGAGAGGUAAACAGCUUGGAGGCGAACUUGAAUAAUUAGAACAAUUUUUGUAAAACCACUAUGACUCAUAUUCUAAUAUGUUACCCUGUCUAACUAGCUACCGGAAAAACAGAC